AUGUCUAAGCCAGGCGCCACUGCUAUGACAGCAAUCAUGACUUCGCUGUCCAUCUUCUGUGGCAUGACGAACAUGGCUACUGCUUCAAGACAGCUCUUCGCAUUUGCCCGAGAUAACGGCCUUCCUUUCGGCACAUUCUUCCAAAAGGUUCCAAUUGGGUGGGAUAUUCCACUCAAUGCCAUCAUUUUCACUGUCAUAGUGAGUUCGCUGCUCUCUCUUAUCAACAUCGGUAGUACGAUUGCGUUCAACCAAAUCACCUCCCUUGGCCUUUGUGCGCUGUUAUCCAGUUACAUUGUUUCCAUCUCCUGUAUGGCUCUCAAGAGGAUACGCGGCGAAAAACUGCUUCCCUCGCAUUUCCGCAUGGGUUCUCUUGGCCUGCCCAUUAACCUGCUCUCCAUUGCCUUCCUGGUGCUGGCAUAUAUUUUCUGCUUCUUCCCGCCAGCACCAAAGCCGGCGCUAGAUGCGAUGAACUGGAGUGUCGUUAUUUACUUUGGAGUGUUGUUAUUUAGUCUGAUAUACUUUGCCUUCCGAGGGAGACAUAAGUAUGUUGGGCCCGUGGAGUAUGUGAGAAAAAGCGCUUGA